AUGGAGGAGGCAUCAGCGAGGGAGCGGAAGAGGCCGCGCGAGGGCGAUGCGAGCGAGGGCAACGCGAGGAUGCGCGAGGUAUGGAAGAGGCUGCUCGAGGCGGCGGCCGGGAAGCCUCAGUACACGUACCUGCCUAUCGCCGACACCCUCAAGGUUCCCGGCGUCCGGGUCUGCCUCUUCGCCGUCGUCGCUGAGAUCGGCGCCGCCGUCCACAGCCGUGGCACGGAUUUCACUGUUACGUUGAGGAUUGUGGAUGAAUCAUGCAAGGCUGGAAUAUCUGCAACAUUUUUUGCUGAAGAAACUGCCCUGUUGCCCUGUGUUAAGUCAAGUGGAGAUGUGAUCAGUCUCCAUAACGUUGAGAUACAGCAUCAUGGGGAGUUCUGUGUUACAUUUAACAAAAAGUUUUCUUCAUUUGCGCUGUUUGAAAGAAAAGUAUCUGCUGAGUGCAGCCCAUAUCAGACAUCUAUGAAAUAUCAUGGCAGGAAACAUGACAAAGAACUGUUAACCCAGAUGAGAACGUGGCUACCCAAUAAUCCUCUAGGCCUGAAAGAUCUCGAAUUGCAGUUAAGGAGUUUAAAGUCUGGUUCUACUUUUGAUCUAGUAUGCAAGGUUUUGCAUGUCCAUGAAAAUAGCGGCAAAUGGAUAUUUUAUGUUUGGGAUGGAACUGAUACCCCUGCAGCUGAGUUUCAGGCAAUUUCGGAUGCUGAGGCAGUUGAAUCACCCCUUCUACUUGAAGGACUACCUCUACCCAGGGAGGUUUUAUGCACAAUGCCAUGUGUCGGAACUGUUCUGAGGAUUUUUUCAGACAGGUCUGUCAAUAAAGUAUUACACAUGCAAAAGGGUAUUUAUUGGGCCAGGUUCUGCAACAUUACUUGCGAGCAAGAGUUUGGCAUUUGGAAAGGCGUUUUCUUGUACUCUAGUAGAGUUCGCCUUUUAUCUCAUGAAGAUGGUAGCGUUGUUGAUCGUCUGAAGAUGUAUGACAGCCGCAACGCCAACAAAGUUCACCGCCAGCCGAUGGCAAGCUUCCCCUCUAAUGUUGCUGAUGUAGAAUAUGAGAAAGCAGGUUACUCAACGUUAAUGGAGUCUUUAACUCAUCAUGAGGUGACGCACAAAUUGAAAACCUUGGUCCGUGUUGUGGCAGCAUAUCCCUGUCGAGCUAGUGAACUCCGUUUGCUUUCGACUCGUAAAUAUUGUAUUCGGUUGACUCUUGAGGAUCCUACAGCGAGAACUCAUGCGUAUGUCCAUAAGGAUAAUGUGGUCAAAUUCUUCGGUGGUUUUCUGACAGAAGAAGUGGUCAUAAAAAAGAUGAACAAGCUACUGGGCGUCCCAGAACCAGAGGACAGCGAGGAAGUUGCCCCCUUGACGAGGAAUCCACCUUGGAUAUGGUGUUGCUUGAUAUCAUACUAUCUGGACAAAAACGAUCGUUGGGGCAGCAGAAGGUACCAAAUCUAUGCCACAACGAUUAGGGAUUGA